CUCACAGUAUUAUCUCUCGCGUUGUGUGUGUGUCCUCCGAUCCAAAAGGAAACAUCGAAUUUAGGGUUUUUCUCUCCUCCGAGCUUUUCCGUUGGGUGAACGAACGACUACCGUUGAUUUCUUCUUAGCUUUGAUUCAGAUUCGAUUCUCUCUGCCGAUAUUGUUGAGGUUCUUAAGAAGCAUUUAAAAAGUCAAGUUUUCUGCUGGGGAAGUUGCAACUUUUUUCUCAAUAGUUUUAGGACGUCACAAAUUUUUCAAGUAUGAGUUCAUCAUGGGCAGAUGUGGCUGAUUCUGAGAAGGCCGGUUCUAAGCCUAAAGGUUCUUAUGUUCCCCCGCAUCUACGUAACAGGCCAUCUGAGCCGCCUGUUGCUGCUCCUUUGCCACAAAACGAUCGUCCUGGGUAUGGUGCUCAACCUGCUGGGUCUCGAUGGGCUCCUCCACCCAGUGGCGGUGGUGGCAGCGGCUAUAGGAAUGAUGGAGGGCGCCCCGGAUAUGGUGGUUAUGGUGGAGGAGGAGGAGGUGGUGGUGGUGGUGGCUGGAACAACAGAAGUGGAGGGUGGGACCGUAGAGAACGUGAAGUAAAUCCAUUUGGAGAUGAUGCUGAGUUAGAACCGAUCUUUACCGAGCAGGAGAAUACUGGCAUUAAUUUUGAUGCUUAUGAAGAUAUUCCGGUUGAGACCAGUGGGGGAGACGUGCCUCCUCCUGUUAACACAUUUGCUGACAUAGAUCUUGGGGAUGCAUUAAAUCUCAACAUCCGGAGGUGCAAAUACGUGAGGCCAACACCUGUACAGCGUCAUGCGAUUCCAAUACUGCUUGCAGAGAGGGACUUGAUGGCCUGUGCACAGACUGGGUCUGGGAAGACUGCUGCUUUUUGCUUUCCAAUAAUUAGCGGAAUCAUGAAAGAUCAGCAUCUACAGAGACCCCGUGGUUCACGGACGGUUUACCCUCUUGCAGUCAUCCUCUCACCAACAAGGGAGUUGGCAUGCCAGAUACAUGAUGAAGCCAAAAAAUUCUCCUACCAAACUGGUGUGAAGGUUGUUGUUGCUUAUGGAGGAACACCUAUUAACCAGCAGCUCAGGGAACUCGAGAGGGGAGUUGAUAUCCUUGUGGCAACUCCUGGCCGGUUAAAUGAUUUGCUAGAGAGGGCUAGAGUCUCCAUGCAAAUGAUUAAAUUUUUAGCUCUUGAUGAGGCGGACAGGAUGCUGGACAUGGGUUUUGAACCACAAAUUAGAAAGAUUGUUGAACAGAUGGACAUGCCUCCACGUGGGGUUAGACAGACAAUGUUGUUCAGUGCUACAUUUCCAAGGGAGAUCCAGAGACUUGCAGCGGAUUUCAUGUCAAACUAUAUAUUUUUGGCUGUCGGAAGGGUGGGUUCAAGUACUGAUUUAAUUGCCCAAAGGGUUGAGUUUGUCCAGGAGUCUGACAAGAGAAGCCAUCUCAUGGACCUGCUUCACGCACAGAGAGAGACCCAAGACAAGCAAGCAUUGACAUUGGUUUUCGUGGAGACAAAGAGGGGAGCUGAUACUUUGGAAAAUUGGCUGUGCAUGAAUGAGUUUCCAGCAACCUCCAUUCACGGGGAUAGAACACAACAGGAAAGAGAAGUGGCACUGAGGUCCUUCAAAACUGGGAGGACACCCAUUUUGGUUGCAACAGACGUGGCAGCACGUGGUCUUGACAUUCCCCACGUGGCUCAUGUUGUAAACUUUGAUCUACCAAAUGACAUUGAUGACUAUGUCCACCGUAUUGGACGAACAGGACGUGCAGGCAAAUCUGGAGUAGCAACUGCCUUCUUUAACGAGAACAAUUCAUCACUGGCUAGGCCGCUCGCUGAGCUGAUGCAAGAAGCCAAUCAAGAGGUGCCUGAGUGGCUCACACGAUACGCUUCACGUGCUUCAUUUGGUGGUGGUAAGAAACGGUCUGGUGGUCGGUUUGGUGGCCGUGACUUCAGAAAGGAAGGUUCUUACAGUAGAGGAGGCGGUGGCGGUGGCGGUGGCAGUGAUUACUAUGGCGGAGGAGGCUAUGGUGGUGGUGGAUACGGUGGUGCUCCAAGCGGUGGGUAUGGUGCUGGAGUGACCAGUGCUUGGGAUUAGCCGACUAGGCUCCCCAAUUUUUUCUCUUUUUAACCUGACUAUUUAUUUCUUAUCUUCUACAUUCCCAAGAGAGCACAUGUAUUUUGCCCCCACUUUUGAGAUCUCACAUUCAAGAGAUAGAUUUAACUAAUCGUUGCUAUCAGGUGAAUCUCUCCGUUUUUGAAGCUAUUUUUAGGAUUUGUCCUAAAAGAUAGACAGUAGUUUUUUUCCGAUUUUGAUCUUGUUCAUGGUUUCUUCUAACAAUUUCAUUUGUUAGUUUGAAAUCCAAAUUGUCUUUUUGUUUCCCUUUUGUUGUUUGACAAUCUUUCUUGGUGGAAAAACAAUCUCUCUUUAUAUC